ACGUUUCAGCGUUAAGCGAUUAGCGAUUAAUCAAAAAUGCCAAAUGAAUGGCCGUGUAUUCUGUAAUUCAGAUUGUUGUAAAAAAUGGCAAAAACUUACGACUAUUUAUUUAAAUUGCUGUUAAUAGGCGAUUCUGGAGUGGGGAAAACAUCUAUUUUGUUUAGAUUUUCAGAGGAUGCCUUUAAUAUAUCAUUUAUAUCAACUAUUGGCAUUGACUUCAAGAUACGAACAAUAGACCUCGACGGCAAAAAAGUUAAAUUACAAAUAUGGGACACAGCGGGUCAAGAAAGAUUUCGUACUAUAACAACAGCCUACUAUCGAGGUUCUAUGGGAAUAAUGCUUGUUUAUGAUGUAACCAAUGAAAAAAGCUUUGAAAACAUUAAGAAUUGGAUAAGGAAUAUUGAAGAGAAUGCUAGUGCUGAUGUUGAGAAAAUGAUUCUUGGUAACAAAUGUGACCUAGACGCUAAGAGACAGGUAUCAAAAGAAAGAGGUGAACAAUUAGCAGUAGAGUAUCAAAUCAAAUUUGUAGAAACAUCUGCCAAGGAUUCUUUAAAUGUUGAAUAUGCGUUUUAUACACUAGCAAGAGAUAUCAAAGCUAAGAUGGAGAAGAAACAGAAGGAGGCGAGUAACCCACCAGGAGCCCGUGGAGGCACACACCAAUUGAAGUCCAAUGACCAACAGCGCAAACCGCCCUCAUGGUUGUCUCGCUGUUCCAUCCUCUGACAAUGCAGUCUCUUACAACAACUGCGCCAAUUUCUCCUGUACUAAGUGAAUUUGGGCCAAACACCCCAACACUAUUUUUCGACCUACGUUUUUAACUGGUGCAACUCU